AAGAACACAGUGACCUGAACAGAGAGCAUGUUUCUGUUUAUCUGUAGUUCGGAUGACGCUUGUUUAAUGCGCCAUGUUUUAGCACAUGAUCGGAUCAUUAAUUCAGUUUAUUUAAUCCUGAUGAACUCCAGCUGAGGUAUGAGGAGAGGUAGCUAACCCAGUGAAAAUGAGGAUUACUCACACUUUAUUCAAUACUGCCAUGUUCAGGACUGUGUUUGAUUUCGGCCAGAGAGAAGUUGCACACUGGUUCCCUGGACAUAUGGCUAAAGGACUCAAGCAGAUGAGAGCCAGCCUGAGGAAGGUUGACUGCAUCAUUGAAAUCCAUGAUGCCAGAAUACCAUUUUCUGGAAGAAAUCCUUUGUUUCAAGAGAGCCUUGAUGUCCGGCCGCAUUUACUCAUUCUGAAUAAGAUGGACCUGGCAGACACAUCGAACAAAUUGAGUAUCCUGAAACAGCUCGAGAGAGAUGGGGUUAAGAACGUCAUGUUCACAGACUGUCUGAAGCAAAGAGACAUGAGUAUUAAAAAGGUAAUUCCUCUUGUAACAGACCUUAUAGAGAACACACCUCGUUUCCACAGAGAGGAGAACAGAAGUUAUUGUGUAAUGGUGAUAGGAGUGCCGAAUGUUGGGAAAUCGUCAUUGAUUAAUGCUUUAAGAAGAACAAACCUGAAAAAAGGCAAAGCCUCGAGGGUUGGAGGUGAACCUGGAAUUACCAAAGCUGUUCUGACCAAAAUCCAGGUGUGUGAAAGACCCGUCAUACAUCUGCUGGACACGCCGGGAGUGCUGGCUCCUAAGAUCGAGAAUGUAGAGACUGGGAUGAAACUCGCGUUAUGUGGUACUAUACUGGACCACUUAGUUGGUGAAGAUAUCAUAGCUGAUUAUCUGCUCUUUUCACUCAACAGACUCGAGCGCUUUGGCUAUGUGGACAGGUAUGGUCUAGAAGCACCAUCUGAUGAUAUUCAACAUGUGCUGAAGUGCAUCGCAGUUAAAUUAGGCAAGACUCAGCGAGUGAAAGCCAUCACAGGAGUAGGUGACAUUACUGUGAAAAUGCCUAACUACACCGCCGCAGCCUACGACUUCAUCAGAGCUUUCCGUAAAGGAGAGCUGGGCAAAGUCAUGCUUGACUAAUAAAACACACAACAUGUUCCUUACGUAAUGACAGAUUCAUGAUAUUCAUGACGUGAUAAUCACGGGAAUGGUAACAGUAAUAAUCCUGUAUUAAUAUAUUGACUAAAAUCUAUUGCACAAAGAUGCUUUGGUGGUGUUUCGUACAGUUCUCUGAUGUCAUACAAAUAAAAUACAGUGUGUAAACAAUAAAAUAUAUACUUACAGAAAAACAGAUUUUUUUUGUGUGUGUGUGCGCAGUAUUAAAACCGCACCUACAAAUAA